AUGGAUUUUCUUGAGGAUAGAUUCUAUUUUUGUAAAUUAGUUGACACAGAACUUAGAAAACUGUCUAAAUCAGAAAUUUUCUCACUAUUAUUAUCAAAUAUUAUUUGUGAAGAAGAAAAGCUCACUUUAUUACUAUUACUUGCUAGAAUGAAAUUCAGUUGUGGUGGUGGCUUUGAUAGCACUGUAUUAUCAAGAAGGAUGCUUCCAAUUUGUAAAAGAACUCUCACUUUAUCACUAUUACUUAGUAAAGUAAAAUUUGAUUGUGGUAGAGUUGGUAACACUAUACUAUUAAGAAAAAUACUUCCAAUAAUGUUUACUUUAUCACUGCUACUUGGUGGAGUAAAAUUCGAUUGUGUAAAAUUCAAUUGUAGUAGAGUUGAUAGUGCUAUACCAUCAGAAAGAAUACUUCCAAUAACACUCACUUUAUCACUACCACUUGGUGGAGUGAAAUUUGAUUGUAGUGGA